ACGCCGCAUCGAUAGUUCUCCGAGGUCCCGCGACGACCGUUCAUUCGUGCACGUCCGUGCCGCGAGUGCCAGUCGCGAGUGUAGUCAAAGGUGCGUUCGUAUCCAGUGCGUCGCGUCAAAGGGUUUCAUCGUGCGCCCAACCGCGGGCCUCCUGGCUUUGAUCUCGCCGGCGUCGCGCCGCGUUUCUCGGAGACUCGGACGCCGCGCGUAGCGGCGAGGAGCGCGCGCGUCACCGUCCACACCUCCGAGGCGAUAAACACCACACGCGACCAAAAUAAACCGGGAGGCACAGAUUUUUGGCGAGCUGCUCGACCGCCGCCGGCAACGGCCACCCCCGGGGCCGCGGCUUUCCCCGAGAAUUGGCGCAAAUGUGCGCCGAGUCGGCCGAGCGCGUCGACGACCACGUCGGCCGCCUUCUGACGGGUGGUGACAGUCGAACCUUCUCCGUGCCCGAAGGAAACCGAAAUCCGCCGCGUCCGGUCGGUGAGGCUAUGUGCCGCACUUGAGGACCGCCCGCGACACCCUCAGCCGGACUCUCCGCCGAGAACAGGCCUUCCCGAGCCCUUUCGAGACGUCUCACCUCGGCCCUAGACGUACUUCUUCGUCGUCGAGUUUCUACGGCGUGCAGUAGGAGCUACUUCCACCGGGCGGACAUUGGACAUCUCUUGGGAGGCCUUUUCGGGCUAAGAAGCAAAAAUUGAGCGGAACAUGCCGAUGGUGUUCCUGGACCGGUUGCCGGUCCCGAGUCUUCGCGUCUACACGACCAUCAGUGUCGCGAUUCUCUCCUGCUCGGUCUACUAUGCCGCACAGAUAGUGAAGGACCCGGCAUGGCGGACAAAUCACACGAGCAUCGCCGUUCCCGGAGACAACGUCACCGGGAACGGCACGGCAACCGAUCCAAGGACCUUCGCCGUGCACCUGAAGGAGCUCCUGGCCUGCAUGGUCCAGGAGCCGGGAUGCAUCUGGACCCUUAUCAACAUGGCGUACUGCGUGCUGAUCUUGCUGGGCAAGUCCAUCCAGAAGCUCGUCUUUGGCGAGCUCCGCGUCUCCGAGAGGCAGCAUCUUAAGGAUAAAUUCUGGAAUUUCAUCUUCUACAAGUUCAUCUUCGUCUUCGGGGUCCUCAACGUGCAGUACAUGGACGAGGUGGUCUUAUGGUGUGCCUGGUUCACGGCUCUGGGCUUCCUGAGCCUCCUGAGCCAGCUUUGCAAGGAUCGAUUCGAAUACCUUUCCUUCUCGCCGACGACGCCAGGGUGGAGUCACGCUCGUCUUCUGGGACUCCUCACCGCCAUUCUUGCGCUCUCCUCCUUCAUGCUGCUCCUCUGCUUCGCCGCGGCCUUCUUCUUCGUGUCCUUCAACACGUUCGCCUUCAUGGCGGCCGAGUGCAUACUCCUGGGAGUGCGGACGAUCCACGUGAUGCUGCGAUACGCCAUACACCUGUACGACACACGUGGAGCGGGCACCUCGUCGCCAAGGUCCUGGGACAAACGCGGAUCUUUGGCUUAUUACACCGAAUUGGCCUCCGAGCUGACCGUUUUGGCGGUGGACCUGCUUCAUCACAUCCACAUGCUGCUGUGGAGCAACAUCUUCCUCAGCAUGGCUUCCCUCGUAAUCUGCAUGCAGCUGAGGUACCUCUUCCACGAGAUACAGCGCAGGAUAACGAAGCACAGGAAUUACCUGGCCGUGCUGAACCACAUGGAACAGAACUACCCCAUGGCAUCGGCGGAAGAGCUCGCGGAGAACUCGGACAACUGCGCCAUUUGCUGGGAGAAGAUGGACUCGGCCCGGAAGCUGCCUUGCGGUCACCUCUUCCACAAUUCCUGCCUGCAGUCUUGGCUCGAGCAGGACACCUCCUGUCCGACUUGCCGACAGGCCUUGAGCAUGCAGGCCAACCACAGGGAGAGCACCCCGGAGAUACCGCCGGAAACCCAGCCCCCAGCUAGGAGGAACGAGAAUCACUUCUUCCACUUCGACGGCUCCAGAUACGUGGCCUGGUUGCCGAGUUUUUCGGUCGAGGUCACGCAUAAUCGACCUCGGGCCGACAUCCUUACCCUGGCGCACAGCAAUUCCCAGCUGGACGCCAUGGCCAGACAGGUGCAGCAGCUGUUCCCGCAUUACCCCAGGAACAUCGUCCUGGAGGACCUCAGGGUCACCAGGUCGGUCGAGCUGACCAUCGAGAACAUCCUGGACGGCAGGUUGACCCUGCCUUAUCAUCUUAUCGAGGAGCCGGAAGCGGAACCAGUGUCGAGAACGCAGACCACCACCACCCACGUUUGGCCCAGUCCGUUGACCCAAAACUCCUGGGACUUGAGCGGAGAGGAGCCCUCCAGCCUCGGCGGACGUUUCUCGAAGUCCUCGGCGGAAAGGGAGCGCAUCCUUCGACGCCGGAAGGAGCACAUGCUGCUGACGGCUCGCCGGAAGUACCUCGAGAAGCACCGGAAGUCGGAAUCCGAGCCCGCGGUCCCGUCCCCGAGGAGGACGAUCGAGUCCACUUCUUAGAGGAGCAUUUAUUAGACGGGCGAUCCGUUAAUGGCUGGGUCCCACGACUUAAUAAUUAAGUAAGACUUAAUAGUAAGAGCUGUCGCUCAGCUGUGACGCUUACGGAGAGAACUCUGCUCUCGGGAGUCUGGGGCUCCAUCGAGACGUGGACGAACGUCAGUGACGAAGAGCACCCGGCCCUUAGACUCAUCCUGGGGGCGAUUUCUAUUUUGCGGGGGAGGCACGCGGUGCAACGUAGGCGCGCCGUUUUAGCGCAUCCGUCAGCUAUGCUUUACGUCGACGCAAAAUAUGAAUUACGAGCGAGCUAGCCGAAAGCACGGCCGACCCGACUCGUGUUUUCGGCCGAUCGUUCUUUCCGUGCACCGGUGACACCGAAGUAACGUCAAUGUAUGGUCGGCCGUCGAUAAAAACGUAUCAGCGUCGAAUGGUCGAGCGGUAUAAUCCGGAUUACCAAGUGGUCCAAUCCGUACCUACCGUACCGUUGAUAACGCGAUAACGGCGACACGGCGUUAACGCGUCAUCGAUUAUAGUCGACCUCGACGCUGGGGGAAAACGCCGAAUGCUAACCGAAAGAACGGCAAAAUGCGCACCGUGCUUUCGAGUUAUCCUAAAGGCGAUAUUCUUACCCUUGCCGCACAGGGAUAUUAAGCGAUGACGCUUUUGAGGUUGCAGGAUCGUCGACAUUCGUAGCGUGACGACGAAAGUCGUUGCAGAGGCCUGGGAAAAUCCCGUUUUGUUUUUUUCUUUUGUGGAAUCUACUUUUAGGUUGCUUCUUUUUUUUUUUUUUGAUGAGCAAUAGGCCGCGAGAUGCGCGAGACUACCUAUUAUUAUUUAGUUUUAUCUUGUCAGAGAGAUGUCAGGCGAUUGGGACGGAUGUCAUGUCCAUCUCCGUUGUGAUUUUGUCACCAGGCCCUGAAGUCCUGCGAAUAGAUGUCCUCUGCGACUGUCGAAAGUCCGUAAAAAAUAUCCCAUUGUUGCGGUAAGCAUCUCGGAGAGACAUUGAGUUACGGAGGUGUAUCGGGCACGCGAAAGCACGAUAGCUGGAAGAGGAAUGAAUCGAGACGCGGAGGGGAAAGGGCGGCUGUGUCUUUUACAGGAAGUUUUACUUAAACCAGUGGCAAAUCUCAAGUAGGACGUUUGUAAUCGUAUUUAGGCGAACGAACCGAUGAGCGGUCGCAUCGAGAGGGACUUUGGGGUGUCGGAAAUAAAAAGUCGUGACCACUUGGGGUCUCCCUCCGUGAUGUCGGCAGGAUUUUAUUUUAGCAUAAUGUCUGUCAGCCGAUUUACCGUCUAAUCGUCAUCGACGUGUCCCGGGGCUGGAAAGGGGAAAGAAGGAGGAAAAUAAGCAACGCGUCGCCGCGAGUCCAUCCCUUUGACCGAUCGUUUAUCGCGUCUCCAAUUGUCGUGGCCGUUGAUAACGCCAAACCGCCCUUCGUUUGUUGUAUCUUCGUCGUCCGACCGUGGUUUGCGUCUCGUUAAUUCACGGUUCCGACCGCGACGCGUACGAUUUAACAACGGGGCCAUUCUAACGUAACGUUCGGUCUUGUCGGAAAUUGCUAGGACGCUCGCUCGAGAGACGAAUUAUUCCAGUAUUUAAUGUUAAGCCACUUUCGUUGAUUCGUGGACGACCGAUACUCAGAUAGACUUUGCGUUUGCCAAAUUAGCAAACUCGUGUACAAGAAAUUCAACUUCCCGCGGACGGGGAACUCCCUCUUCGGGCACCUUUGAAUGGACCUUGGAUCGAGUUUCUACCCUAAAUCGGAUAAAGGUAACAAUAGGGGAGGGAAGAGGACGUCGAUCGUUCGCAACGAGCACGAUAUAUUUCCCGAGAGGUCCUCGGUGUCCCUUUAAUAAUUUAUUCGAGGCAGCGUACGUUGCCAAAUAAUGAUUCGGCGGGAAUUGUUACAGUUCGGAGAGACUCGAUUGUUCUUGGGCGCGCGAAAGGACGCGAUAGAAGAUACUCUAACUAUGUAUAAUUAUAAGCUAGUAUAGUUCGGUUGCUCUCCAGCAUAUGGAUCACUUUAUUUAACGAUUCCUCGAGUGUAGUCAGGAGCUUUGAUAACGAGCGUAGGAAGAGUUUCGAGGUACCUUUUUCGAUUCGAUAUUUACUCUAUGAAAUUGAAGCUUGCGCGUCUUGACUACGUCGUAACUUUUCUCAGUGCAUUAUACAUACAUACAUACAUACAUACAUGCGUAUAUAUAUAUAUAUUUUUCUUUCUUCUACACGCCGGACGGUACGCCCUUCGGUUUUCCUAGUUCGCUUUUGUGAUAUAAAGGAAACUUAAGUGUGAAUAUACAUAUUUACGUCCUUGCGUUCGGUUGUACCAUUAAAUGCGAAAAUGGCGUCACGAGUACCAUACGUGAACUCGCGAACCGUUCGGAAUUUAUUCAAAGUCAGAUAUUUAAAGUCGAGUCGAUAUCUACGAUAAUAAGGAACGAGAAUUUUAGUGGUGGUAUCCCGUGUUUAUUCACUUUCAUUAGUAUUAAUCGAGCUAUUUAUUUUGUAGAGUUUUAAGCAACGGAAAUAGGCGAAAGCGAGGCGAUUACGCUGCGUUGGGGAGAUACCGACUUCUUUUUUGUGUACGGCCCGAUGGGCCAGUUGACGUUUUAGCAUUUUUGCGUGAUGGCUUCUUGCAGGAUGCACUUUGGGAGGCGAGUGCUUUCAAGACUGUUCUUAUCGAGCACCUGCGUAACUUUUUUUAAGGACAUCCAUUCGAUCGUUACACUUCGGACACCGAGCCUGAACUCCGAUCUUAAUUGUCGUACCGGUCAAGAAGCUGUCAGUGUUUCAGAGUAUACUUUCUAAAGGGUCCGCGUCUUAACUGUUUUUAUUGGUUUCUUUUAUUAACGCUAAAGUUUUGUCCGAGAUAGUAUCGAGGCUCGUUUUAUUUUUACAAAAAUUUGUCGUUCGCAGAGUCGAGAGCUAAGGUUUUGCGACCCUAUGAAAUUAUACCCUUGUAUAUCGUUUAUCGAUCCUUCCAUUAAUAUCUUGUAAAUAUACAUUGAGAUAAGUUCUA